AGAAGGCCGGUGGGAAGGACCCCCUGGAGCGCGGCGCGUCACAGAGAGAGAGAGAGAGGCAGAGACACAGGCAGAGGGAGAAGCAGGCUCCAUGCACCGGGAGCCCGACGUGGGAUUCGAUCCCGGUCUCCAGGAUCGCGCCCUAGGCCAAAUGCAGGCGCCAAACUGCUGCGCCACCCAGGGAUCCCUGGUAUUUUUUUAAAUAAUACAUUAUAAUAGCUUUAACUUUUGAAACAGCAGUAAAUGAGAUAUGUAAAGAUCAUUUAAUCUUUACAACCUUAUGGUGAAAAAGCAACAACCUUACGGUGAGGUCAGUAGGAUCAUCAUCUUGCAGUUGAAGAAAUGUAUGCAUAGAAACGUCAAGGAACGGGCCUAGUCACAUAACAGCUGUGGCUAGGACUCAAAUUCCGUUCUGACUUCAGUGGUCUCUCAGAUCAUGGCUUGAUAAUAUCAAUAGCUUAUGUCUGUUGGGGGCUUACUGUGCCAGCACUGUGCUGCACACCAUGUAUCUGAGCUUCAUUCAGUCAUUGCUACAGGACUGUGUGGGCAGUGUUUGUAGUUAACCCCAGUUCACAGGGCAGGAGACUGAGACCAGAGCAGUGAGUGCCCCAGGACUCAUGGGUGGUUGUUUGGCAAAACCGAAAUCUGAAAGUGGGCUUUCUAAUAUCAGUGCUCAUGCUUGUAAUCCAUUCUCUGUCUUCUUUCUGCCUUUUGUGACUACAAACCCAAGUAGACUUCAUUAUAUUACUGACCUGUGCCAGACCCUGGAGGAAAAAGCCAGAGUUGGACCUCAUGAGAUUUGCUCAGCUUUUCUCCCGCUUCCGCCCUGUGGGACUGUCCGCCCUCCAGCACCUUGACCCUCUCAGAGUCAAAUGGGCAGGAGGCAGGGAGGGGCCCACAUGGCUGAGGGCUGCGUGGCUGACUCAAGCCUGCAGCAGCUCCCCCUUGCAGCUGCCCAUUGGCCAGGGGAACCAGAAGAAUGCGAGCAGCCUCAGCUCUGACCUGAGCCAGCCUGGCCCCACGGCCACUCAGGAAGAAGAGGAAGAGAGCUUUGGGACCCUCUCCAGCAAGUACUCUUCGAGGAGAAUGUUCCGAAAGUCAACAGCCCAGUUGUAUAACCUCCGGCUCAGGGAACAGAGUGCUGGAGACGAAGAAAGAGAUCUGGAGCCAAAGUCAUGGCGGGGCCGGAAGAACACCCCUUACUGGUACUUCCUUCAGUGCAAACACCUGAUCAGAGAAGGAAAGCUGGCUGAGGCCCUGGAUCUGUUUGAGCGGCAGAUGCUGAAGGAAGAGCGACUUCAGCCCCUUGAGUGCAACUACACUGUACUGAUCGGGGGCUGUGGGCGGGCCGGAUACCUGAAGAAGGCCUUCAGGCUCUACAACGAUAUGAAAAAACGGGACCUGGAGCCCACAGAUGCCACGUACACAGCCCUAUUCAAUGUCUGUGCUGAGUCUCCCUGGAAGGACUCUGCUCUGCAGAGUGCCCUGAAGCUCUGGCAGCAGCUCCAGGCCAGAAACUUCCAGCUCAACUUAAAAACAUACCAUGCACUGCUGAAGAUGGCUGCCUUGUGCGCAGACCUCAGGAUGUGCCUUGAUGUGUUCAAGGAAAUCGUCCAGAAAGGGCAUGCAGUCACAGAGGAGACCUUCAGUUACCUGCUCAUGGGCUGCAUCCAGGAUAAGAAGACGGGUUUCCGAUACACCCUACAGGUGUGGAGGCAGAUGCUGAGUCUGGGGCUCCAGCCGAGCCAGCAUGGCUACAACCUCCUUUUGGGGGCAGCUCGAGACUGUGGCUUGGGGGACCCGGAGGUGGCCUCAGCACUGCUCCUGAGGCCCAGGGAGGAGACGGUCCUGCUCCAGCCCCGGGCAGGUGGGUUUCGGACAAGGAAGAGAGCCCAGGCCCGGGUGGGCGAUGGCAUGUCAAUCAGGCACGUGGAGGCCCUGGAGAGGCAGCUGUUUCUGGAACCUUCUCAGGUAGUUGAGGGCCUUCCAGAGCCUCGUGAAGCCAGAGCCCCCAGCAAGGCCCAGCCUGAGGUGGAUACCAAGACGGAGCCUGACCACAUGGUGACCCUUACUUCAUUGGCCUCAGAACCUUCUCGCUGGGGACUGGAGGCCAACCUCCUGACCUUGGGAGCAGUCCCCCCAGCUGUGGUCUCCUUUGGGACUGUAACCACCCCAGCUGACAGGCUGGCCUUGAUGGGGGGCCUGGAGGGUUUCUUGGGCAAGAUGGCAGAGCAUGGGCUCAAGCCCAAUAUCAAAACCCUCACACUGCUGGCUGAGGUGGUAGAGCCUGGGAGUCCUGCAGAGUCCUCACUGCUGACUGUCCUGGACACGCACCAGGUGGAAGCUGACGUGACAUUCUUCAACACAUUGAUGAGGAAGAAGAGCAAGCUUGGCGAUCUGGAGGGGGCGAAGGCGCUGCUACCACUCCUGGCAAGGAGGGGAAUCAUCCCCAACCUGCAGACCUUCUGCAACCUGGCUAUUGGGUGCCGUAGGCCCAGGGAUGGUCUGCAGCUGCUUGCAGACAUGAAGAAAUCCCAGAUGACCCCCAACACCCACAUCUACAGCACCCUCAUCAACGCGGCCCUCAAGAAGCUGGACUACACCUAUCUCAUUGACAUCCUGAAGGACAUGAGGCAGAACAGAGUCCCGGUGAAUGAGGUGGUCAUCCGCCAACUAGAGUUUGCAGCCCAGUACCCACCUACCUUUGAUCGGUACAAAGAGAAAAACACCUACUUGGAGAAGAUUGAUGGCUUCCGAGCUUACUAUAAGCAGUGGCUGAAAUCGAUGCCAGCAGAGGAAACCCCCCAUCCGUGGCAGAAGUUCCGGAUCAAGCCCAUGGGAGACCAAGAGUCCACCACGGAGGCUGAUAUGGACAGAAGCCUUGGAGGCAGGUGACAGGAAGUGCUGGGGGCCUCCAGCAGAGAAGGAGCAGAGUGUGUGGUUUAUAGAGCUCUAUAGGAGCCCCAGGAGCCUCUCUGCAUUGGGCCUGUGUGUGUACUCCUGUGGCCUCAAGCCAGAGGAAGGGUGCGGCCUAGAGUAAGUGAUGCAGCAUUUUUCAGGCAUUGUUACAAGGAGAAACACUGGGCCCAGGGUGCCUGACAAGUUCAUGGCAGGUCCAAGAGCAGCUUGGUCCAUCUUGGCACCCCAUCUCUGGUCACAUCCUUGUCUUGGGGGGGGGGUGUCAUCCCCAUCAUGGACAAAGAAAGUGAACUUGCUCACAGUCACACAGCACCAACAGGGUGCUUGAGGUCCAUGGGUGACUGUUCUCUAGGGCCUGGUGCUUACCCCCUGGGUUCCACAGAUUGCUACCUCUCUGAAAGAAUAAAUGCAGAACCCAGAAAGUUUAAAGUUUUAUUUCUACAAAUCACUGAUAAACACCAAAGCCUUUACAUACGGAGACCAUGCUCCAACUCAGGCCAGGAGCACUGCUCUGCAGGAAAAGCUGCUCCUAGGAAAGAGGGUGGCACCACGGGCAGAAACCCAAGAAGUCCAAAGUUCAGGAUGAAGAGGGGUCAGGGCCUAAGGACCUCAGCCAGAGCAGCCCCGGCAGCCGCAGUGCGUGCACUCGAUGAUCCGGCCCUGCAACAGAGGAUAGCUGAGACACUGCACUCCUGCCACAUGCCACCCCUGCCCCACGGAACCCUCCCACCAAGGAUGGCAAAGGGACAUUCGCGGUCUUCAGGACUCUCCUCGGAAAGCCUUCUGCGACAGAUGCAAACAGUUGCUAUUGACACUGAAGCUACACCUCUAUGCAUUUAAUUUAUGCACAUUCAAUGCACACACUUGCCCCAUAUAAAGGAAUAAAAUCUGUGAAUGAUUGUUA